AUGGGGGCGGGAAUGAGGCGCGCGAGGGAGAAGGAGGUAUUGUUGCUCGCGCUUUCGCUGAGCACGGACUCCUCGACGUCGUCUUCCACGACGUCGGCCGACUCGGCCAGUGCGCCGGCCAUGAAAAGGACGCGGCGGGGAAGAGUGGUGGCGACGUCGGGAGAAGGGGAGUUCGUGUGCAGGACGUGCGGCCGCGCCUUCACGACGUUCCAGGCGCUCGGGGGCCACCGGACCAGCCACCUCCGGGGGCGCCACGGGCUGGAGCUCGGCGUCGGUGUCGCCAGGGCCAUCAAGAAGCGGUAG